AUGAAUUCAUUUAGUUUCGUACUGUUUGUGGGAUUGGCGUCGCUUGCAAACGCUGGAUUUUCAAGUGGAGGAUACGAUGGGGGACAUUUUGAUUUUGGAUCUGGAGGACACUCCGAAGAGCAUCACGAGAUUCCGACCAAGACCAUCGAGUACACGAAACCGGUGCACGUGCCGGUCGUGAAGAAGAUCGGGAUACCUGUGCCACAUCCUGUCGGAGUGCCAGUCCCGCAGGUCAUCAAGGUCCCAGUACCGCAACCUUAUCCAGUGCACAUCCCAGUGCCGCAGCCAAUUGCAGUGCCGAUCUACAAGCUUGUUCCGCAGGAAAUCGAGAAGAAAAUACCGAUUGUCGUUGAGAAGCCAGCACCUUAUCACGUGGAGAAACCUUACAAGAUCGAGAUCGAGAAGCACUUUCCAGUUUACGUACCAAAGCCAUACCCAGUGCAUGUUCCAGUCUACAAGCACGUUUACCACCACAGUUUUGUCGCUUUUGUGGCGUUUGCUGCAACGGUUUUAGCUGGAGAUUUAAAUGGAGGUGAAUACGACAGUGGAAGUUAUAACUAUGGUUCUGGAGGAUAUUCCGAAGAGCACCACGAUAUUCCAACUGAUACUGUGGAAUACACUAAACCGGUGCAUGUACCAGUUGUAAAGAAGAUCGGAAUUCCUGUUCCUCAUCCAGUGGGAAUACCAGUUCCUCAAGUUAUUAAAGUCCCGGUACCACAACCGUACCCAGUUCACAUUCCUGUACCACAACCGAUUGCUGUACCAAUCUACAAGUUGGUGCCACAAGAAAUUGAGAAGAAGAUUCCGAUUGUUGUUGAGAAACCAGCUCCAUACCAUGUAGAGAAACCAUACAAAAUCGAAGUUGAAAAGCAUUAUCCAGUUUACAUACCAAAACCAUACCCAGUCCAUGUACCAGUCUACAAGCAUGUUUACCACCAUGUACCAAAACACGGAGGAAGCAGCGGUGGAAGCAGUGGAGGUCAUGGUUGGCACUGA